AUGUACAGUGUGGAGGACCUCCUCAUUUCGCACGGAUAUAAAUUGCCCAAGAGCGGCCCUCCGUCUGCCACGCCUUAUGACAAGCGCCCUGCUGAUUACCAGCGUGAACUUGUGGACAACAGGGCUGGCCGGGGGACAUUGAACGGGUAUGAGGCGGACCGGGGGGCAUCUAUCACAGGCAUCUAUGGCAGCAGGCAGGCACUGGUGAAGGGCUACCCCGCCACAGACAACGAGAGCGGGGAAAGGAACCAAAGGAGAAAAGAAGCCGGUAUCGGUAUCCUAGGUGACGCUCAGCCCUUGGGUGAUUCUCUUGCCACAGAUAGUGGAUUUUACGAUGUUCCCAGUUUGACUUAUUCAGAGCCGCUGAGCUAUGAUGAGAGGGAUGUUUCCUACUGGCGAAGGAGAGGCCAGGACUUCAGCAUCCUCCUGGACUAUGCUGAUGGCAGGGAGCUGAGGGCCUCUGCUGGUGCAUGGAGGCCACAGGCCCUGAUUGCAGCAGAGGAACACAGAGCAGAGAGGCAAGCGCAGCAGCUAUGGGAGGACAUUUCCUGGCUAAGGGACUUGGACGCAGCCCCUGGUCAGCUAAGGGUGACAGGGGAGAGGAAGUGCCAGAGCCUUGGUACAGAGGAGUGGAGGCCUGCUGUGGGCCUGGGAAGGCAGCUGUCAGAUGGGGACGGGGAGAGGUGGGUUCAAGACCAGUACCGCCGCCUGAGGACACCGGAAGGUUUUUUUCACCCUAGAACUAAAGCAAAGUCUCAGUCUCUCCCCAGAGUUUUGUCACCUGACAGAACUGGCAUCAGAGAGCUCAUUCCAUCCAGACCUAGCCUACCUGAUAGACAACAGAGGAUAAACAGCACUGUCUUCUCUGGGCCCUAUAGUAGGUAUAUCUAUAGCGGUGCUGUUGUCAGGGACCGGUGGGGUAGGAAUGCUGGGCCAAGCAGCCAUGUUGCACUUUUACCAAAGCCCAGGUUCAGCAGGCCUUUAAAGCCUCCGUCAUAUGAGAUUCACCAGCAGACUAGGGGUAGCGCAGAAAUGCUUGCUAUAGACCAGGGUGCCAAACAAAAAGACAGGCCUAUCUAUUAUCCAAGGGGUGGGGAGCUGAGACAUGACUAUUUCGCACAACACUCUGCCAUUUCUGGAAUGGAGCCCCCAGGCUACAUCCCACCCCCAUCUUAUAAAAGGGCCCCACCCCCAAGAGCAGUUUCACUUAACCGCAAUGAAAUUGCAAACCUAAGAUGGAGGGCAGAAGCUCUGCAGAUGCCCAGCUCAGAUCCUGGAAGGUGGUUUUCCAGGCAGGCAGGCGGUUCAUGGCUGGAACAUUAUGGAGAGCGAGGUGCAUCCUAUCGGAAACAGGUACAUUCCGGACAUGAAGAACAACCAGGCCAUGCCCGUCAAUUACCCACUGAAGACCCAAGAGGGAAGCAAAUCUCAGGAGGGCCUAGCGGAAGUUCUCUCACUGACUCAGACAAGAUCCGUAACAUCAACAAAGAGACUCCACCCGCUAAGAUUUUAGGACAAUCUACACAUGAUAGUGCCUUUCCUCCCCAACAGGGGCCAGCUCUCAAUACUGACAGCCGCAAAACAGCUCUCAAUGACAACGACAGCAGUAAUCGAUGGUGCAACAGGGGAAUAAACAAAAAAAGUGACAGUGUAGCUUCUGAACAAAACCGUAGUCAGUUUUUUCCUUCAUCUAUUCUUGGUAAACCACCACCUCCUCCAUGCAAGCCGGCUGACCAGGGUGUCUCUGAAACUGUAACAGAAGUAAAAAAGGUUGAACAACCUGAACCACCUGAGAAAGACAAAUCCAAGAAUCUAAAAAAGAGACUUAGUGAGACAAUUUUUUGUUUGGUGUCCGUCCCUGUUACUCCGCAGCUCAGUGGGACAAUCCGCGAUCAGAAUAACAACAAUGAGAAGUCACCCGACCCAGCGGACAGUCCUAGUGACAACAAAACUGGCCAUUUAACAAACCAAAGUCUCCAAAGCACAUCUUCAGCUGAAGCUGAGCUGCAAGCACUAACUGGUAGCAUAGCGAGCAGCAAAACAAGCAGCAGAGCAAGCAGCAAGAUGUUUAAAAAAGUACCCUGGAGACCCCCUAAGAUAAAUCAUUACAAGGAGAUGAAACUGUCAGGAACCUGGCCUGCAAACCAGUAUCGUGACCAGGAGACACAAACUAGCCCAGAGGCUAGAAAACCUGCCCCUGAAAACAAGGAAGCACAACAAGAACCUGUCCCUCCUGGCACUGAAGUCCCUCCUGAUAGCAGUAGUGCAGUGGGCACUGCCUUCAGUUUUCCUAUAAAGGGAGUGAAGAGCCUGAAACUGUCAAGCAACAGCGCCUUCUCCCUGACCGCCACCUUCUCCAACCAGCUGAACAAGAGCACAGCUCAGCAGCCAGCAGUACCACCCUCAGGAAAUGAUGUGGAGGAGACCAAACCAGCAGCAAACAGUGGGCAGGAGGCAUUUGAACAGUCCCUGCUGAAACCAGUGAGCCAGCGACCAUGGGAUGCUGUCAAAGAGCUGGAGACCAUCAAAAAAGAGGUCAAGGAUCAACAGCAGCAGAGCAGCAAACAGGCCAGUGUUGACAAGUGCAUAGAGGACCUCAACGAGGCCUACAAAGACAUAUUGGAGCUAGGCACUGCCAGCAAUAAAGUCCCAAAUGGUUCUGUUCAAAUCCCAGAGCGUAUCAAAAUCCGAUUGACAUCAGAACCUCUCAACAAGCCCAGUAGCCUUAGGCGCAGUGCAGUAAGCUGGUCUGUUGACCCAGAAUACAGGGAAGUCAAGAGCGCCUUCUCCAGGCCUGCGACAAAGUCAGUAACCUUCAGCAAGCAGCUUAGGGAGGAGCUCCCUGUCCCACCCCGGGAGACAGGUUUCAGAGAAUACAGGGUUGUAGCGCAUCUUUCGCGCAGACGGAGCAAUGAUGGCAGGACAGUAAAACUAGACCUGCCAGAUGAGCCUAUUGAGACACCACUUUGUGACUUCAGUCCAACAACAAACACUGCAGCAGCUGAGGUGCCGUGGGCAGAUAGACAACCCAUGCAGGAUGCCUCUACGCUCACUAGUCCUCCUGAUUAUGAGGACAUAUGCCAGACUUUGCGUCAGUCUAGAGACCCGAUGGAUGUCAAUAAAGCGUCCACAGGCAAUUUUAAACCUAAUGACGCAGAGCCUCUUCAAGAUCUCAGUGUUGAAUCAGAGGAGGAGUGCCCUAUUUGUAAAAGAGAGCUUGAGAAUCAGAUGAGACAGGGCCCAUUGCCUCCACUUCACGAGGAGAAUAGCUCGGACAGCUCAGCCACUCAAAAUGGCAGUCCACCACAAUGCGCUGCGUUAGAAAGUCCAGCAGAAGAUACAAAAACAGAGCAGCCGAAUGACUCAAGUUUGAAUCAGUCAGGGUCUGACCUGAGUGCUGAAGCAAGGGAGCAGCCUUCAUUGACACAUGAAAAUGUAGGAGGGGGUGAAAAAACAGACAAUGCUCAGGCAGAAAACUUGGACAAUUUAUGCGCAGUUAAUCCUGCUGAAACCAUACCAGUAAAUGGAACUACAGAGGACAGCGCAUCCACACUAUUUGCAACUGAUGUGCCUGCAGACCCCCAAGUCAUAGAGGAACAUAAUGUCAGUGAAACAGUAACUAAAGAAGUAGAAUUAGAAGAGAAGGAAGCCAUUGCAGGAGAAACACCUGAAGGCAGUGCAGACAUACAGACAGCUGAAGUGAAAAGUGAGCGACAAGAUAAUACCACUUCUGAUGACAAGCAGGAGCAAGAAAAGAAGCCAUUAGCUGUCCCAGAGCAUAGACUUGGACGGACUCAUCUGGGGCGAGACCACCCAGCGCUACCGGAAUUUCCACCAGAUAGACUGCCACUUUCAGUUCCCCCAAACCUAGACCGCAGGCUGUCUCUUAGCUUGGAGGGAGAGAGGAGGGGCAGGGGCCCCUCCCACCGAAUCGAAGCGCUGCAGAACAAGCUCGCUGUUUCUCCAGGUCGGGUCGCAGUUGAGCGCCUGGCCCGAAUGAGGGAGGUGGAUGUUAUGUAUCGUAUGAGGCGCCUCAGCAUCAGGAGUACUGACUCUGGGGAGGGGGAGGCAGAGGCAGAGGGCAAGGACGAACAAAAGCAGGAACCCCACCUUGCUCCUCCGGCAGACAAGGAGAACGAUCAAGAGGUCACCGAUUCACAGCAGGUCUCUGAGGAGACAGUGUUGCAAGAUGAGGAGGAGUCAUCUCUCUCAGAACCACAUGAUCCCAGCCGAGUGGAGACAGUGUAG